GUAACUUUUUACAAAAAAAAAAAAUUUGAGAGCAGGUUCAAAAUCUAAAACAUAUUAUUAUGACGAGACAUGGCAAACAACUUUCCAUAUAUAAAGCGCUAUGUUAUCGACCGGUAUAAAUCCAGAGGAAGGCAAUCAACUGUAGCUAGAAAUGAAUUCAACAGUGUAAGAAAUUCGAAUUUGCAAAACAAGACCGCUCUUUAUCUUAAUGAUAAACAAACUGCAGCUAUUACCAGUUGGAUCUUACCAGGGUGUUUCUAUCCAGGCGGAAAACUUGAGAGCAUCAAGUUAACUAAGAAGAAUCCAAUUAAAUACCAUGCAGAGGGUCACAAGGGUUCAAGUCCGUACAAUGAUCAAAAACGAACCAAUAUUUUUCAUGGAUUAGCUGGAUUCUUUUCCAAGCAGGGCGACUCAUGGGAAACUGUAAAAAACAAAGAAAUGCCUGUUAUAAUGAAUGUAACGAAAGAGGCUUGGAAAACCAUCAAAAAUAAGGAUAUUUCAGUUUUAAUGAAUGCACCAAACAAAGCCUGGAAACCAUAAAAAAUAAUGGGAAUCCUAUGAUAAUGAAUGUACCCAAAGUUAUGCCAAAUAUAAACCAACUGAAACUUAUUGCGAAGGAAUUAAUGGAUAAAUUACAAAGCCUAAGAGAUCCAAAGACCGGUAAACUAAAGCGGGAGUACAAGGAUUUUAUUAGUUUUGUGUCUUUCAUUGCAAGCUUGGGUUUGCUACGUGAUCGACCAAAUCCCAAAGCGACUCGCAUAACCCAAUAUUUUAUGCAUUCUUUCAACAAUGCGAAAUUGCAAAAUGAUGUCAGUAGCGUAAACAGUGAUCCUAAUAGAGUGAACAGUGGUGUAAAUUGCGCAAACGAAGAUAUUAAUAGCGUCAACAAUGAUGAUAUUGGCCUAAACGAAAAUGUUAAUAUCUGGAACCAAGAUCUCAAACAAUCUCCAGAAUUUCAACGUUUUUACCAAAAUUACAAGGAUAAUAUAAGAAUGGCGGACACCUACAUUGAGGAAGCUGUUCAGAGCUUUGAACUCGUUGAUAAUGACAAUACUCAAAGGAUCUUGGAGCAGCUACAUAAAUUCAAAAAUCAGGUGGCUGGAAUAAUGGCUAUUGGCAUGAUAUUUGUCGGCAAUAAUACGAAUUUUGAAAUCCCUCAGGCAGAUAGAGCCGGUGCAUUUGAUCAGAUUGGAGAAAAUAAAUGCAUUACAGAAAUGAGCUCAGAAGAGCCUCAGGCAGAUGCUCCCGUUGAGAAUAAUCAGGUUGGAGGAAAUGUAUCUAUCUUGGAUCAGCUGUGGGGACUCUCCAAAUAUGGGCCCACGGUCAUUACGGUUUCUAUGCUGAUACUGGGUGCAGAUACGACCUCUUUUGGCUUUGUCUCAGUGCUUUAUCGUUUGGUCUGUUAUUUUUCCAAGAAGGAUUGACAAGAUGUUAAUUGAAAUACCAUGAGAUGAAGACAAAUCUCGUUUAAAUUUGAUGCCAAUUUCGCACAUUUUUGGUCUACAGUAACAAUUGGAUAAAAAUAGAGGAUAUAAAAGGGAGCAAACAUUAAAAUGUUAUCGAUACAGACAUUUAAUAGAAUGCUUAGUAUUCAUAAAAUAUGAAAAUAAAUUUAAAAAGUUAAUUGAUCCAA